AUGAUAAGCCACGUUCCUCAGACAAAGGCUGAAAGGCAACGACAUCCAGUCCACAUUCUCCAGACAGAAGCUGGAAGUGAGGUGCUUGCUCUAUCGAUAAUGGAACACCAACAUAUCAUUCGCUAUUAUCAGGCAUGGAUUGAGGAAGGCCAUAUAGAUGAAAAAUCACAAAGCGACCAAGAUUUGUCAUCCUCAGAUGAUUCAGACAAACCGACUACAACAUUAUAUAUUCAAAUGGAGUUCUGUCCCUCGAUUUUGCAAGCACGAUUGGAUUUGUCCAAAAAGUUGGACAAUCAGAUUGAUCAAGAUACCAUUUGGCGUUAUUUUCGCCAAAUUGUCGAAGGUGUGGAGCAUAUUCAUCAUCAGGGCGUCAUUCAUCGCGAUCUUACUAGAACGAACAUUUUUCUGGACAAAAACAAUAAUAUCAAGAUUGGGGAUUUCGGUUUAG